UCUGCCUAAUACUUUGAGCGAGAGGCGAAGCAAAGGCAAACGAAGAAUGUUUAAGCCUAAAUCCCUUAACGGGUUGAGAUCUCUAUGGCACCUCAACCAUUCCUCAUCUGCCAGCUCUUGGUUUUCCCAGUUCUCUCCGUCGUCGUCUUCGUUUGCUCGAUCGGACAGUUUCCAGACCGUUCGAAAUUACGCCAGCAGUGUCGAUGACAGAAAUCAUAUCACUCCAGGGACUCGUCGAGUUCUGGUGCCUCCCAGGCAGGCUGUUGUCAUUAAGCGGUGGUUUGGAAUGUACUCCAAGACCCUAUUAUCUGGAGAAUAUUUCUUAAUUCCGUAUUUUGAUAAAAUUGCUUCUGUGCAUUGCUUGAAACCCAAGACCAUAAAUCUUCUGGCCCAGAAAGCUAUCACCAAAAACAAUGUGGGCCUUACUGUUACUAGCCAGUUAACUCUCAAGAUUUUGGAGCCUAUGUUAGCUACUUAUGCGGUCGACAAUCCCAUUGAUAAGGCUAUUGGUCUUGCUCAGAGUACCCAGUCUAAUGCAAUUGGUGACCUCACUCUUGAACAGAUAAUGGAGGAUCAGCAAAGCCUCAAUCAACACAUAUUGUCAUUUCUCAACGACAGGAUCUGUAGAUGGGGCUUGUCUUGUGAGGCGUUUGAGAUAAAUGACAUAGCAGUUCCACAUGAGGUGAAGAAAGCUAUUGAGGACUUUAAGGCAGCCAAAGCAAAGAGAGCUGCCAUACUGGAGUCAGUUGCUGACUUCUUCUCCAAGGCUACUAAGGAAGCUGGUGGGAGAAGAGGUUCUGCAUCAAGGUAAACGAAGAACUUGCAGAUGUGAGGUAGAGAGCUAGUUAAUGUUUAUUUGCUGGAUCAGAUGACCCAAGUUCUUUGAAGAAUCAGCACCAUUAUCAAUCUCACAUGUUUAGAGGCCAAUACGAUAAAUUUGCUUCAUUAGUUCAUCUGUGUUGGCAUGUAAUCUUGUUACCUUUAGUGACCCUCAUGUAUGUGUGAAAUCCCUUGGGGAUUUUUCUUGUAUUAAU